GCGCGGGCAUAAGCCUCUCGUUAAAAUCUCGAAAGAAAGGAUAGCCUGCCCGUACGGUGGUCUUCCGGUUUCUUCAGCUAGGGUUUUUCAAUCAGUCUCUUCCAUCUCUUCCUUGGCACCUCUUCUUCUUCUUCUUCUUCGCCUUCAAGAUCGCCACAUCCCGGCGACCCAGAAUCCGAAGUGCGCUCCAAAUCGCAAAACGCAGGACAACGAGCGAUUCGGGGGAGACCCUUGUUCGAAUUGGGCGGCGGUUUUUCGUCGCUAAUAAUGGGCGAGAACGGCAAGCGAUCCCGCUUCCAAAGAGACUACGAGGGCGAGAACAAGAACCAGAAGAGACGGGCUAUGGACAGAGACGAGAAGGGCGGGGAUGAAGUGGUUGUCUACAGAAUACUCUGCCCCGAUGGGGUCAUUGGGAGUGUGAUCGGCAAGAGUGGGAAGGUGAUCAACACCAUAAGGCAGGAGAGCAGGGCAAAGGUUAAGGUGGUCGACCCAUUUCCCGGUGCUAAGGAUCGGGUCAUCCUCGUCUAUUGCUAUGUCAAGGACAAGAAGGACGUGGACGUAGACGACGAUUUCGAUGAUGACAAGCCUCUGUGCGCUGCGCAAGACGCGCUCGUUAGAGUCCACACUGCCAUUGUCAGGUCUCUUGCGGCUUUCUCGGAGUCCGAGAAGAAGCGACCCGACAGAGACGAAUGCCGGAUUCUGGUUCCUUCGAGUCAGUCGGCGAACAUCAUCGGUAAGGCCGGAGCUACUAUUAAGAGGCUGAGGAGCAAGACCAGGGCGAAUGUCAAGGUUACCGCGAAGGAUGCAUCUGAUCCGACUCACUCUUGUGCCUUGGAGUUCGACAACUUCGUUACGAUAACUGGGGAAUCAGACUCAGUGAAGAAAGCAUUAUAUGCAAUAUCUGCAAUCAUGUACAAGUUCAUUCCUAAGGAGGAGAUUCCUCUUGAUACAUCUGUGCCUGAAGCCCCUCCAAGCAUAAUUAUCCCUUCAGAUAUUCCCAUCUUUCCCCCCGGUGGAUAUGGGAGCACUGAUCCUAUUAUUCCAGGAUCAGUUCCUCCAAUCUUGGGUGCUGCACAUUUGUCGGAACUUCAAGGUUAUGGGGAUCCAGGAAGCACAUGGCCGACCUAUUCAUCUUCUCUCCCAAUGGUUUCUUUUGGUGGUGGCUCCCUGUCUGAGGAACUGAUUAUCAGAGUUUUAUGCCCCUUUGACAAAAUUGGACGUGUUAUCGGCAAGGGAGGAGGCACAAUUAAAAGCAUAAGACAGGCAAGUGGUGCUCGUAUUGAGGUUGAUGAUUCUAAGGGUGACCGUGAUGAGUGCAUAAUCACUGUUAUAGCAACUGAGUCACCUGAUGAUCUGAAAUCCAUGGCCGUUGAAGCUACUCUAUUGCUUCAAGGGAAAAUCAAUGAUGAAGAUGAUGAUACUAUUACCAUGCGACUCCUCGUUUCAUCAAAAGUGAUUGGAUGUAUAAUAGGAAAAAGUGGAUCAAUUAUAAAUGAAAUUCGGAAGAGAACUAAAGCAGAAAUCCGAAUCUCAAAAGGCCAGAAACCAAAAAGUGCUGAUUCAAGUGAGGAACUUGUUGAGGUAUCGGGAGAAGUAGUUAAGGUGAGAGAUGCACUUGUCCAAAUUGUGUUAAGGUUGCGGGACGAUGUUCUCAAAGAAAAAGAUGGAGGUCAUAACCAUUCUGUGGCCGCUGACUCUCUUGGUAGUGGUCACUCAGUGCCUUCUGCCUUGCCUUCAGUUCGUCCUGUUCCUUCAUUGAGUUAUGAUCAAAAGGCUGAUAUGGGAAGUGGCUUGGGCAUGCUCUCUUCAAGUAGCCUUUAUGGAUAUGGAUCCUUGUCGAUGAAUGAAAGUGGCUAUGGAUCCUUAUCCUCCUAUUCAUCAAAGCUGUAUGGCGGAUUACCUCCUCCGUCAACUCUCGAAAUAAUUGUCCCUGCAAAUGCAGUGGGUAAGGUGAUGGGAAAAGGAGGAGCAAAUAUAGCCAAUAUUCGCAAGAUAUCCGGAGCAAUGGUAGAAAUUUCUGAGCCCAAAUCAUCUCGUGGUGAUCGCAUUGCUCAUAUAUCUGGAACACCAGACCAGAGGCGCACUGCUGAAAACCUGAUUCAAGCAUUUAUAAUGGCCACUUGAUGUGGAAGCUCUUCUUGGUAUCUUUUAGUGAUGGGAGUUACCUUCUGUGAAUGUUUUCUUCGUUAGUUCCCUUAGGUGGUUCUUGCAGAGGAUUAGUCUAUCUCCUCAAUGCUCUUCUCCUGUUACUUCCUAGCUCUGCCCAAUAUCCUGUGGGAAGAAAAUGUAGCUUGCUCUAUAUUUAGAGGAUAUAGGUUCUUCUGUGCUGUUUUAAUCUACUUGGCAGCCAUGGUUUCGGGCUACUUAUCAGGAUCUUCCUUUCCAUUUCUUUUGAGUUUGUCUGGUCUUGUCGGUAACUUGUUGACUUCGCAUCUUUUUCCAGUGUUUAGUACUCUGCUAACUGAUUUCCAAUCCGAGGGUCAUUUAUAGAUAUAUUCAUCACUGUUCUGGUAACCAUCUUCUUACUCUUAGCUGCUUUCAAGGAAGGAUAUUUUCUUCUCCAUCUGUGAUCCACGGUGCUGUUGAUAUUCAUGUAGACGUUUAUUAUAAUUCUAUCCAUAGCUCCUUGAUGGAAGGAUAUUCUCUAUUGACAUGAUGAGGAGAGGUGCCGCUGUAUGAAGAGUUCUCAGAGGAGAGGAAUCAUCUCGGCUGCAAAAGUCUCUAAAAGCAUUAACUUUCUCUCACUUCUUGAUUCUGGACCGGUGUCUUAAAAAAUUUAGUUCAUAUCCUUAUUCUGUCCAUCUAAAAAAUGAUAUUUGGUUGUCAAAUCCAUGUUUCAUGAUUCAUUAAACAAAGAUCUUCAUGCAAUCUUCCCUUCUAGACACUUUUUAGGCUGCGAAAGUCUCUAGAUUGUAUUUCCUGGACCAUGUUCAUCCUUGUCCUUUUGUCAUUGUCUUUGCUAGACGCGGUUGUCUGUCCAUCCAAAAGCUUAUCAACCAUAGCACCUUUAUGCUUAAUUAUCAUUAUCACAUUGUAACCCUCCUGCCUGCUUUCUUUUGGAAAGCUAUUUUGUAUAUAUUGUCUUUUAUUUCUUCAAACAAAACUGAUUAAUGGGUACAACGCUUGAAGGAUGUGCUCUUCAACAAGUAUUUUCAUGGUCUACACAUAUCAGUUUACAUCCUACCCUUUGGUAAGCAGAAAACUAUUUCAGUGAUUGAGUUAUAGCGGAUGCAGCUUGAGGUUCAUCAUGAUGAGUUCCACAGAAGUGAUAAAUGGAUUAAGGAAAUUUUUUUUUCUUUUUCAAGACAUCUUUCUUUUAUAACAAAUUCUUUUAUGCAUUUUCUUGAGACAUUUUUCAUCCUUUGUAAUCUUCUUAGGAAUAAAAAAAUCCUCUCCACUGAUGAAGUUUAUGGAGUAUGACAUGUAUUGAGUUUUUGAUGAAAAGUACCUUGUCAGUCUAGUAUUGACCUUGCAGCUUUAGAUCUUUCUUCAAUAAGUCUUCCUUUCUCUGGAGGAUUAUAAACUUUCCCAAUUACCUGCAGUUUGCUGAUUUUGUGACUUAUUUUUUAAGAAAAUUUUUAGCAUACCUCGAAUAAGAAUUGUUCCAUGAAUCGCUAGGUUUUUGUCUCCAUGUUUGGAUUUAGUUAACCCAAAAAAAAAAAUUAGGCAUCUUUUGAAGUUGGUGGCUUCACUAAGCUUCGUGAUGGUAAACCUUUUUAUCUUGUGCCAGAGUGCUUGAGGCACCAGUGCAAGAACAUGUUAAGCUGAUGCCAACCCAGUUACAACAUCAGUCUUGAGGAGACUCUUGGUUCCCAUAUGAUCACAGAGAUAUAUGGGACCACUUGAAAUUAUAACAUCCAUCAAACAUGAGUUAAACCAAUCUUCUUACAAUUUCAACUUUAGUACCUAGUUAAUUCUUUGAAGCACCCGAGGAGCGAUGCUUUGGUUUGUUUCAUUGGUCUAUCUUUCAGCUUGGUCAAUUUUCUUCCAUGGACUCAUUCUACCCAAUUUCUGUUUUAUUGAUUGCUUGUACUCACUUCUCCACAAGAAAACUAUUCCUAUCUGUUCUUUCACUGAGUACAAUCAGCUAUACGUAGUCUUAUACUGUCAUGCUCUUCUUACUGUGAGUGGGGUCAGCUAUGGAAAGUCUUUUAUCCUGUCUUUCUUGCUUAGUCCUAAGUUUGUUGUAUAUCUAAACUCAGCGUCUUUCUUCGCAAAAUUCCUCUCACGUGUCCAAACCUCCAACUUUUCCUUGAAUAAUACUUCUCUAAUUUGAUCUUGUCUUGAGUGCUUACUCUUCUACCUGAGUACACUAAUCUCCAUUACACUUAUUAUACUCGUGUGACAUUUCAUGUCGUAAAGCAUCCUGGUCUCAUUUUUGUCCUACAGAAGUUCCAUUGUAAAUGAAUGGCAUUUUUCCAAUUACCAUUAGAUAUGUUUGUCCUUUCAGCUUCUGUUCUUUUAGCGAUAUCUCCACCCAUUUUUCUAGCCUUUUUAAAAUGAAUCUUAACUGUCAGAAUUUCUUUGGUACCACUAGGUCUCAUUGUUUUAUCGGGUAGUAUAAAUCUCUUCUUUGACUGAAUUUGGAUUCCAUGUACUUUGUUUUAGGUUAAUUAAAACAAGAGCAAUUGGAUUUCAAAGUAUUCGCUUUCAAUCAAAAUCUAAUCAUUUUUCAAACGCUUAAAUGUUUGUAUUGAAGGAAUUGGAGAGAAGUAAGGGAAAAUCAUUACCGAGAAAAAUAUUUCCCCCUUUUGGAUGAUUUAAUAAAAGAGUAAGUAGAAAGAAAUAGGGAGAGUUAUUUUUGUUUGGGCACUAGUAAUUUCCUUCCAACAGUGGAAGGCUUGGGAGGCAAAUUAACUUUCAGAGAUUUUUUUUUUUUCAUUUUUUUUUCUGCCAAAAGUUGUCCUUUACUUUGUUUUCAAAACAAAUAAGAGAGAGGAGGUUACUUCAUAGAUUCAAUUAAAUUUGUUUCCCUCCACAUCUAUGUUUCAAUUCAUAUCUAAACAAGUGAGGGAAAUUACAAUUUUUUUUGCUGCUCUUCUUUCCAUUUUACUUUCCUUCCCAGAUUUGGACAUUGAAGAAAUGGUUACUUUGAAAAAAAAAGGAAAAGAUUUCACUUGUUUGGAUGAUUUAACGAAGAGGAAAGAGAAGGAAAUGGGGAGAAUUAUUUCUCUUUGGCUACCAUUAAUUUCCUUCCAACACCAGAAGACUUGGAGGCAAAUUAACUAUUAGAUAUGUUUUUCCCGGUUGAACGUUGUCCUUUACUUUGUUCUCAACACAAAUAGGAGAGAGGUUACUUUAAAGAUUCGAUUAAUUUUGUUUCCCUCCAUGUCUUCCUUUCAAUGCAUAUCCAAACAAAUGAGGAAAAUUUCUAUCUUCUCUUCUUUCUAUUUCCUUUAUUUUCCUUCCUGUUCGCCUGCCCACUCGCUUAGGUUGAAUUUGUGAAUAGUUGUAUGAAUCAAUAAUGUUAGUUAAUAUUCUGGACAUAGGAGUUGAAUUGAAAGGCAAUGUAAGAAGACGUUUAUUCUACUGCUUAAACAUGCUCUUUCAACAAGGUUUACACAUUCUUUUUGUCCAUUACAUGUGCUGGAGUUUUCUGGUCAUCUAUCGCACAUCUUUUGUCAAGUCUGAUUGCAGAUUCGGACAUUGAAGGAUUCCUUUUAGGAAAAAAUGUCACGUUCAUUUGUCUACAUGUACUAUAGUUUAGCAAACCUAAACUGUUGAACUCGGAGAAAUAACUUACCUUUUCCCUUUCAAGAGUAUUGUUUCCUAGUUACAUUGUUAACUCAGCAACUUUCUAUUUUGAGUUUGUGCCAGAUAUGCGUCAUUUGAGCAUUGCUCACCAUCUGGUUUUGCAUUUAUUAUCAUAUUCAAGUAUAAUCUGAUGCCCUGGCAUAUUAGGGUUCUUCUGGUCGUGCUCCGGACUAAUGUGUAUCUCUGCAUAAAACUCUGUUCAAACUGCAAACUCUUUGGUUUUCCUUUCUAACGUGGCUAGUUGUCUUUAUUCUCUUCUAGCAUCUGUUCCAUGGUUAAUCUUCUCAUGUGCAUCUAAGUGUUCUUCGUUGGAUUCGGUGAAUCUCUCUCUCUCUCUCUCUCUGGGUUCAUUCGUGUCGUCUUGCCCCUAUUCUGGAAUUGUUUGUGGAGGGUGGUGAGCAUGGGGUGGAGGAGGACAGCCUGCUGGAAGAUGUGGAGCAGCAAUAGCAGUUGAUGGACUUGGUGGUGGUUUUUAAGAAGAUAUUCUAGUUUAUUAUUUGCAAUAUUUCCUCGAGAAAUAUGAGGUGUGGAAUAUGUUCUGCAUAAUUCUUGGUCCUUGCUUGUUGCUGUCAGAUCUUGAGAUGUAAGUUUUCUGCAUCUGGCAUGUGGAACUAGCCUUUGUAUGAUUCUUUUCUUGGAGCAGUGACAAAAUAGGGUUGGUUAGGUUUCUACAAGUGGUGAUCUUAUUUUUAAUGUUAUAAACAGAUACUCAUUUUUUGCUUA